UUUUCUUCUUAUUCUAUAAUAAAGAAUGAAAAUUAUAUAUUAAUUUUUAAAAGGGUAGGAUUUUUCCAAACGGUUUGUAGUUCAUAGCCAUAAGACUACGCUGUUUACAUUUUGAUGCUUUCAAAUCAUAGUAUGUCAAAGGUUAUGGCGCUAGCAGAAGUGCAGGUCAACAUUCUGUUCUUUGCGAAGAGUCGAGAGCUGGUUGGAUCAAAGGAGGCCAGCUUGUCCAUCCCAGCUCAGACUACAUCAGCUCAGCUGCUGGCAGCCAUUGUCUCCAGGUAUCCAAGUUUGGCUAUCAUCUCGAACAACCUGGUGCUGGCUGUCAAUCAAGAGUAUAUCACCCCUGACAACAGCCCCCUGUCCCUCCAGCCUGGUGAUGAGGUAGCAGUAAUCCCACCAAUCAGUGGAGGGUGAUUCAAGUUCAAUAUCAGCCAGAAACAACUUCCACACAGAAGCAUGUCCACAGUACAAGGAAAGGAUCACAUCAAACUGACCACUGACCAGCUCAGUGUUGAGGAACUGACCACCUUGGUGACUUCACCAACCUCAGGAGCCAUCUCUGUUUUCAUUGGUACAACAAGGAAUAACUUUGCUGGUAAGACUGUUCUGAGACUGGAAUAUGAGGCUUACGAGGCAAUGGCAGAGACUGAGCUCAGGAAGAUCUGUGCACAGAUCAGGGAGAGGUGGGAGGUGGAGAACAUCGCAGUGUUUCAUAGGCUGGGGUGCGUACCGAUAACAGAGUCGAGUGUCAUCAUAGCCAUCUCCUCGCCUCAUCGCACGGCAGGCCUGGAGGCAGUCAGAUAUGCCAUCGACACAUUAAAGGCAACUGUCCCAAUAUGGAAGAAGGAACUUUAUGAAGAAGGAAACCCUACUUGGAAGGAAAACAAAGAGUGCAGUUGGUCAAGCUAGGGGAUACGAGUCAACAUAAGAACAUUUAGUAGUAAGACCAAGGAGGUUAAGAAAAGAAAGGAGUAGGCACACCCACCUGGCUAUCUGCAUUAUUUCCAUUCUGUUUAUAUAAGACACAAGAAAUCAUAUGUAACAAGCUUGGACAUUUUGAAUGUAUAAUUCAUUAAUAUGCUGGUUAUUGUCAUGAUAUGUUAGGCAACAUAUGAAACAUGUUUCAGUUGAGU